GCACGUGUGGGCGGGUACGUAUCGACGUCACCACUGGGUCCUUGCUGUCAACGCCAAAAUAAAAACGAGUAAAAAAAACAAAAAACUUUUCAAGUAGACUCAUGACAGCGGGGAAUCGGGGAAAGCCUCUCUUCUCCGGGCUGUAAUGGUUGUUCUGCCACGUUGUGGUGUAGCAGCGGAGGUUGUUUUUCUUCUUCCCUGAGCUCGCACGGGGAAAGCCUGCGGGCUGCCUCCGAUUAGCAGACUUGCUAGCUAACGUCAAGUUGGAAGAAAGUGGAGAAGACACGGGGCGAACCGGGAGCUCAUCCGCCUACACAGACGCAUGCGACGGAUAGCAGGGUCACGGUUUGCUGACAGCAGCAGGAUAGUCCAGCGGACCAAGGUCGGACGAGGAUGGCAGAGCACUUCUCCCGUCCGACCUGUCAGCCGCAGUGAGGAGGCUCCGUGAGCUGCUCCUUCCCAUGGGGCGCUAUGAACCAGCCUGCCAGGUGAGUGAUGGAGACGAGAGAGUUGACCGUGGUAGCUGGUAGCUUUGUGGGUUUCCAGCUUCUCUUCUCAGUGGCCAGCCCGCCGCUCUCCUCCGCCAUUACCCCAGGUUAUGGACGGCUGCCUCCCACCAAGCUCACUGAAUGGAACUCCAGGUUAGUGUCCACAGUGCACGCGUUGAUUGUGGGCUUGUUCUGUUUGUACAUCCUGUGGUACGAUGACGCAGUCAACGCCAACCCUGUCUGGGGUGACCCCAGUCUCGUCAAACUAAAUGUAGCCAUAACCUGUGGUUACCUCCUAUAUGACCUGGUGCUGCUAGCGUGUAAUUGGAGCACUAUGGGGGACAGCUUUUUCGUUUGCCACCACUUGGCGGCGCUCUAUGCUUACGGAUAUGUUUUGACCCGUGGUGUCCUUCCCUACUUUGCCAAUUUCCGUCUCAUUUCUGAGCUAUCCACACCAUUUGUGAACCAAAGGUGGUUCUUCGAGGCAUUAAAGUACCCACGCUCACACCGGUUGGUGGUAUUGAAUGGGGUUGCUAUGGCUGUGGUGUUCUUCCUGGUGCGCAUUGCAGUCAUGCCAUCCUACUGGGCCAGUGUAUUCGCCACUUUUGGCACUCCGGAGUUUGAGCGGCUGGGCUUCGGUGCCCAGGUGGCAUGGAUCACCUCCUGCAUUGCCCUGGAUGUCUUGAACAUUAUUUGGAUGUACAAAAUCACUCGGGGCUGCUACAAGGUCCUGACUGGGAGAGGAGGGCGAAAGGUCAAGGUAGAAGCAGAGGCAUCAUCUUCCUUAGAUAAGAAGCACACAAACAACCAUACAGACUGAGGAGGUGUAGAGCACAGCAUUUGUAGACACAGACAAUAAGCAUGGAGGGAGGCUGGACAACCAGGAACCUCGCUCUUUUAAUAAAGCCUCAGCUUCCCUCUCACCCUCAAUCUCAGCCCCUGAUCUUCUUGAAGUCAGCUAGUGGCCUGGGCUAAGAGUCCUCAGGUUCUCACCCUGGCACAGGACAAGCACCAGCGUUUGCAACUUUUUUCACUGACAGAUUAGUAUCCUGCUGGGUGAUAGCUUUCAGACGACAAGGUAGAGCUCAAAAGCACACUUUUAACUCUGUCUGUUACUCCUGUCACUACCACCAAUCCUCUGUCAUCUCCCCCACAGCCUGCUCUCACACUCAACUUCAGCCAAAGCCCAAUCCUCUGAAGUGCCUGUGGGAGGGGGCGUGAGGGGAAGGGAAAAAAACAGGAAAGCAAUAACAGUAGAGGAGUAUAUCGCCCAUUACAUUACUGCUUAGCCCCCUUCAAAAACAACAAAAAAACCAAUCGCACUCACUUUUGCUCCUGAACAACUCGAGGCUUCUUCAUCAUUCUCCGUCCACACUCGUGGCCUGCAGAGUGACUAAUUCACCCGUCAGACCCGUACAGUGUUUGUGAAUCUAUAGGGCUCUUGUCUUAAACUCAUCAAACCUCACAAAAAAAGAGACAGGAAAAAAAACACCAUGAAUGCCUCUUCUACAGUAUCACCUGCUGUGGCCUCCUCGUAACAAGUGGCACCUACCUGUAUCACCAGCCAUGCCCCUCCAGCCUCGUUAUCAUUUGGAGUUUCUAUGUAAAACACAGAAUAUGCAUGCAGGAGAGACAGAGACUCACUCUCUUACACCUUUCGCUCCUAACAGGACAGUUUUGCCUUUUCAGUAUUCUUCAUGAUGGCUCUUUUUUUUUUUUUUAAUUUAACACUUGUCAUUAGCAAUGAAAGAAAUAUCAUUUCCAUUGCAACCCUCUGCCUCACUGGGUAGGGCUCCAUGAUUGAGCUCCAGCAUUUUCGUUCUACCUCUCCCCCUGCCUUACAAAAGAGUCUUCGAUCCCGUCCUCAUGAAUUAAUCAGCUGUUUAUUUUUUUCCCUGUUAAAAAAGGAAAAAAAAUGUUUUUAUCUUUCAAGACUUCAUCUAUCUCAACAUUACUGGCUCAGAGCGACUUCUCCCUCUGUCUUCAGAGCUUAUCCCAGCCAGUGCAGUACAGCAAAGCAGCUUCGCUUCGUGUUGUUUAUUGUUUGUUUGUUUGUUUGUUUUUCUAGUUAGACCCCCCCCCCUGCUUAUCCACCCUGUUUUCAGUGACUCUAAUAGUGGAAAGCAGUCAGAAGACUCACCCACAUUUACUUGUUUGCACAUGCACUGCAUAGCGUGCAAUCUUACACACUGUAUUCAGUGCCCUUUUUUUAAACACCAUGGUGGUGCUUGUCCUUUUUGCAGAAUCUGAGCAAUAGGAAUGGUAGCAAUAUGCCAUUUUGUUAUUUACAUUAGUUUUUUCAAAAAUGUCAGGCAGAUAAGAACAUGAAUUUCGAUGGACCGGUCUGCGACAACAGAAAGCAACGUGGCAAUUUGCAUGAUUUACUUUACUGUAUAAAAUGUAUCGUCACGAUAGAGCAUGGUACGAUUGACAUAUUUCUGUGACGCCUUAGUGAAUAGGGUAAAUAGAUGACUAACAUCUAAAUAUUAAAUGCAUUAAUCUAAUGCUAAAGGGGUUGGGUGGGGCUGGGCUAGGUAUCUAUACCACCAAAAUGUGUUGUCCUGUCAGAGCAUACUCAAAGCAUGUACUACUUGUAUUUUUUGAUUGUUUCCCCUCAACCUGCAUGUCUGUACAGUGUAUACGCAUACAGUAGGUAAGUUGUGCGUACUGUAUGGCUAAGAUGUUACCACACUUUCCGUAGGCCAGUUGGCAUUACUCAGAUUUACAGACUUCAGUUCUUACAGAUUCAUCAGUUCUUCUGUCAGCAAAUUCUUAACAGCUGAUUUCAUGACAGACAGAAACACAGCAGAUGUUUCAGGGUUUUUUUGCUAUCAAAUCUUGAAAUAACAGGUUGCAGGUUUGUACAUAUCCCUAAAAAUCUGCAAGAAAAUCUAAUUUAAUAAAUUUUUCCAUCCUUGCACAACUUAAACUAAACAUUAAUUAUAUAGCGUUUAAAUAAAACCUUUUUUCUUUUAGCCUCAGCCCCCCCCCUCCUCCCAGCAAACGCUACCUGCACAGACACACACACACUAUGAAGUGUUAAACUGGUGGAUUUCUCCUUCGAGUCUUUGUCUCGUUGGAUCAGUGUUUAAAAUAGUCUGAGAAUCUCUGCUGCUGUUUUCACUGUGGAAAUAUAAAGCACAUUCCCCGUGGGGCUGUGACUCUCCUGUAUUUCUGUCUGUCACCACUAAGGAGGGGCUACAGUAUCUUGUGCCUUUUUAGACAAACGGUGGAUGUGAUGCAGUCAGAUUUGAAUUAGCAUGAACUUUCUAAUGUAAUAUUCAGUGAUUAUUUCCUCUAUAUUCCUUAUGUAUACUCUGUGUGUAUAUAUAUUUUUAUAACCUGCCUGCACAGUGAUUAAUCCGGCCAAGUAUUAUAAUCCCAAAGCUGAUCCCAGCAGGGGAGCCCGUUUUCUGGGCAGGGUAUAUAUCUGAAUGUUGCGAGAGGUUAUUUAGUGGCAUUGAAAUGAUCUUGCAGAUGUCGAAAAUGAAGUUAUUUUUGUUUUGUUUUUUUUUAAACACAAGUUCUUUAAGCUGUACAUGUAGUGGACGGGAAGGCUAGUGUCUCAUUUCUCCAGCCUCCUGAAAUCAAAGCUGUGAAUAUUCAGUCUGAACUACCGAGCACGGGAGACUUUACUGAGACUCGGCCGAGCAGUGAUGCUGGUACGCUUCUUGUUGUAGCGUAUUGCUCUUUUUGGAUGAGUUUAGACUGAGACUGCUCUCUGGCACAUGUCUCAUGCACAAUGUAAAAAGGACACAGUUGGGAUGUUUGUUGUGUAGCUCUUUUGCGAACUGGACAAAUAGAGUUUUUGUACCUGUCAGGGUUUUUCUACAGAAUAUAUUUCAAGAUCUCUGUCGCACACUUUGGGGCUUUUUGGAAAGAGACAGUGAGUGGAAUGAUAUAAGGCUGUGAUCUGUAUUCUGUACUAAUUAUUUUAUUUGUUUACAACAGCCAGAUUGCCACUAUUUGUUAUGGCAUUUCAUAAAGAGAAAUUGCUUAGCUAUAUGUAUAUAUAUCAAAAAGUUAGCAAAAAUCAUCCUGUGAUCAACCUCUGAUAUAUUUGGAACAAAAUUGCAAGUUUGGAUUUGAACCUCCACCAGUUUGCCUGGAAUGCGGUUAGGUUGUUCUUCCACAUGCUCAACAAGCAUAUGUUGAAAUGAAAUACGCUUUGGCCUUACAGCUGAGCUUUUCUGUUGAGGUCUCAAAAUAGACAGAAAUUUAGACAAAAAGAAUGCUGAUAUUAAAUGGUUUGCUUCUGAGCUGGUGGAAGUUGUAUGCUAUACUUCAGUUUCUCUCAAGGGUAUUCACGGUACAAGACGAAACAUUCUUUCCUUUAGUUUUGUCGUUCUUUGUUUUCUGGUUGUACAAUGAAAUGUAAUCGGCUGAAUCUGGAAGAUUUCUAUAAUGAUAAAGUUCAGUGAUGAUCAAGUCUUUUCUUUUUUUUUUCCCUUUUUCUCCUGUGAAUGAUUUGCCAGUGUGGCUUCUCCUUUUACAUCCUCUGUCUGUUUUUGUGUUUUAAUGCAAUGAUCUUGUUAUGUUUUCUGGAGAUUUUAAUGUGAAACAGCCUACACUACACACACACGGAGACGCACGCAGCCUUCGGGGUCCUCGUCCGAGCAUUACCUUGUGACUCAGGCUGUUGUUGUCUACAAUGACCACUACUAAUCAUCACAUAAUUGUAGUGCUGAAAGCUGAGACUUACUUGAAGUGUUUUUUUUUUUCUUCAAUAAAGUUGAAAACAUAGAAAACCA